AUGAGCAGAGCCGGCGUCAUCUUUUCGUUCCUUUCCCUUCUGGCUCGUCACACCCAGCCCAAUGGGACCAUCAUUUUUGACACCAAAGCCAGCAUCCACGAGCAGCAUAAGAUCAAAUCUGGCUCCGAGAUGAAGGAAGAAGACUUCCUACACCUCAAAGCUGCGCCUGAUUCAACAAAGCUGGCCAGGAUUUGGACAAUUCUCCGGAUUUCAACCGGUACUGGCUCUGGUAUCGGUAUGCUCUGGGCUAUGUACGGGCAGCAGUGUCUGGUCCCGCAAAUGCUUCACGGGAGGAGCCAGGUGAAGAGAGCAUAUGGCAUGAAUGAAGAGCUUGUCAAUAUGUCUCUUGUCAACUUCAUUCAGGCAGUCAAGGAGAAAAAGAAGGCCAAGGAAAUUGACUCGAGGGUGUAUAGCCUGUCGGGUGAAACUGACGGGCUGCUUGAGUCAAGGGCUACUGGUCGGAUGCAUGCGAUUCUCGAAGCCAAAGCCAGAUGGCCGAUGAGCGAAAGGCUCCCACCAGAGCGAUCAUAUUCCUAUGGGCCAGUAUCCCUGAGGGGCGCGUCGGUCAUGCUCUCUGCAAAGCCGGACUAUGAAGUUUGGUAUGGGAAGAACGAAGCGGUGGCAAUGAAUGUGGUGAUCGUCGAGGCUAAGACGACUGACCUCGAGUCUGGGGUAGCGCAAACUUUAGGGCAUGGUCUUGCCACUAACGGGGUGGCUUUCCACUUCCUGAAGAUCUCGAAUGCCUCCCGAUGGUCGGAGCACAUCAUGACUCUCCGGUCAAGCGAAAUUGGGAAGCCACUUGGCAUUCUCGUUCACAUGUUUUGCCGCGCCGCUCUCAUGUCCCCUACUCACUCUAAGGAGUGCUCGCACGAAUCCCACUGCUAG